AUGUCGUCAACCGAGCUUCCUUCCUCCGCCUCUAGCUCGAGAUCCGCAUCUCGCUCUCGACAAUCGAACUCUCAGAUUCAUCAAUCAGCUGCAUCCUACUUCUCCUACCCCGUCACACAUGUCGUAUCAGGCCUCUACCGUCGUCUGACCGAUCCACCGGCCUCGAAACCCAAGAACAACAUGAACCGCAAUCAACACUCGAUGACCUCCCCAAACGGCUCCACCGCAUCAUCCCAGAUCUUUACCCCUGUUCGAACCGCAUCACCAUUCCAACCCCCACCGCUCACCCCCCUCACCCUCACCGGCGACCUCUCCAACCUCCAAGAACAGCUCCUAACUCGUGCCCUGGCCGAGGAAAUCCGGCUGCUAGUCCCAGCCCGCUUGCAACUCGUCGACACCUGGCGUCUAGCCUAUAGCCUGGACCGGGACGGUGCCUCGCUCGCCACCCUCUAUGAAAACUGUCGAGAAAUGUCUCACCGCAGCCCGCGGGCGGGCUACGUCCUCAUCGUCCGCGACGCCUCUCCGUCCGGCGCCGUGUUCGGAGCUUACAUGACCGACCCCCCGCAUCCAGAUUCUCAUUAUUACGGUACGGGUGAAUGCUUCCUCUGGCGCGCGAGCGUUCUCGCUCCUCCCACGAACCUGAACCUGCCCCGCGACGGGCCCCCAUCGGAGGCCAUGCUCGAACUCGCCGGUCUGCCACCCCCGCCUAGCGCUGAUACCACACAUGCUGGUCGAUCCACGACUCUACGGGCGAGAGAUGCUAAGCUGGCUCCUCCGCCCACGAGUGGACUUCCUAGCGGUGCUAGUACUCCUGAGAGGAUCCGAUUUAAGGCCUUCCCUUACAGCGGCGUGAAUGAUUAUAUGAUGUUCUGUGAAACGGGAUUUCUUAGUUUGGGCGGAGGAGAUGGUCAUUAUGGUCUGUGGAUUGACUCGAGUCUUGAAAAAGGUGUAAGUGCCGGGUGCCAGACAUUCGGCAACGAACCCUUGUCAGAUGAGGGCGUCAAGUUCGAUAUCCUGAGCGUCGAAGUAUGGUAUGUUGGUGCCUGA